AAGAGUCUAAGCGGAUCCUGUGGUGUUUUGUGCGCGUGCACGAGCGCCCGCGUGUGUCUGUGUGUGUGAAAGAGAGAGAGAGAAGGAGAAAGAGAGAGAGAGAGAGCCUGUCGUGACACUGCUUCUUGAUGCUGUGACCGGGCUCCGUUAUUGUCACGUCGUGUGGAGCCAAUACUCAACAUUCAGAGCCUUUCGCGCGGAUAAAGACAAAUCUCUGCCGACAUGGGGAAAGUGGAAGGAGGGAUGAAAUGUGUGAAAUACCUUUUGUUCGUCUUCAACUUCAUAUUCUGGUUGAUGGGAUCAUUUGUCCUAGCAGUGGGGCUGUGGCUGCGUUUUGACCCAGAAACUGUGUCUCUGCUCAACGGUGAUAAAGCUCCAGACACCUUCUUCAUUGGUGUCUAUAUACUGAUUGGUGCCGGCAGCCUGGUGAUGUUGGUGGGUUUCUUCGGCUGCUGUGGAGCUGUGCGGGAAUCUCAGUGCCUGCUGGGCUCAUUCUUUGCCUGCUUGUUGAUCAUCUUCGGAGCUGAGGUGGCAGCCGGAGUGUUUGGAUUCUUAAACAAAGACAAGAUAAUCGAAGACGUUCAGACCUUCUACUCAACAACCUACAAAGAGAACAAUAACAGCACUUUGAUCGUCUCAUACCAGAAAAUACUGAACUGUUGUGGAACAUCUGCAAACCCCUGCCCCGAUCCCCAACCCGAUACCAAGGACUGUGAGACGGGCAUCAAGGAGUUCUUCAACAGUAAACUCUACAUCAUCGGGUAUGUGGGCAUCGGCAUCGCUGGAGUCAUGAUCAUCGGGAUGAUCUUCAGUAUGGUUCUCUGUUGUGCCAUUCGCAACACCAGGGAGGUUAUAUAAGCUGGAUCCUCGACUUCUACCCCUCACCCUUACUUUGCCGACCCCCGAGAGACUGUACAGCCUUCAGAUCAAAUGUCAUGCCCUGUCCAUCACGUGCGGGGACCCAGGAAAUUGAUCAUGUUCUAAAAAUUCCAUUCCACUACGGUGGCCGGAUCUCUAUUCUCUCUGAAAUGUUCUUUAUUUAUUUGCUGUCACAAGCCAAGUAGCUGUCUCUACAUUUCAUAAACACUCCGAUAUGACUUAACCUUUGACACCUCCUGUGGGAAAUGCAUAUUUUCUGAUGCUGCCCUGACAAUCUGUCCGAUUGUUUAUCCUGAAACCAUUUGGCUGCCACUACAAAUUUUAACCCACAUACUGUCGCCAAAGUGUCAAUGCUUUUUCACACAGCCUUGACGCUGACCCUGUGGCUGUGGGAAACCUGAGAGAGCAAUCUAAGGUAAAAGCCGCUGAGUUUGCUUCUCUGUGUGCCCACAAAUCAAGACACAGACGCACACACACAUACACACACACAAACACACACACACACACAUACACAUAAACA